GGGGGUUUUGGUUGAAUUCAGAUGUACUUCUGAUCACAAACCCAUUAGAAACGAAUGAUAUAAUGGGAAAGAUAGGAGUUGGUGCAAUAGGCAAAAGUGGCUUCAGUAAUCUCUCUCUCUCUCUCUCUCUCUCUCUCUCUCUCUCUAUUUUAUUAUUUUGAGUCUUUGACACGGGUUUGCUUGACCUGCCCUCUAAGAAUUGAAGACAGUUCAAAAAUAUAUAUAUACACAAUUCGAAACUUGAGAGAUAUGAAAGUGAGUUUUUUGUCUCUUUGAAUAUUAUGGUGAGAAGGGAUGAAUGAUCUGAGUGUUCCUAUGUGCAUGCUUUGAGGUUGCGUACAAUAUGGGUUUUUGAUUAGUAAAAGCUUGGCGGCAGCUAAUCAGAAGGAAACAUAUAUAUGAACCGUACGCAGUACUUUUGAAGAUUCUGAGCUUCUAGUGGCAUUCAAGGAAAAGUGCUGUUUGCCAUAUAAUUCUGGGGAGCUGGUCAGAGCUCAGGCUAAAGAGUUCUCAGAUUUUUGUUAACUUCAUAUUUCAUGAGGGAUUCAAGUUGGUUCAUCAGAGCUUGUUUCAAUAUAUGCGAGUUCCAGAGAAUCUGCCAUUGAAGAGGGUUCCCCAAAGCUUGGCUGGAGCUUGAGAAGUCUGCUCAUCUCUCACCCUCUUGAUCCCCAUCUCUGGUAAGAGAUGGGCUUCACACAUUUCAGGAAUUUGGCCGUCUCCCUAAUUUUGGUGGUGCUAGUUUUAGCCUUAAAUUUCACAGAAAUUUCAGGAGGACUAACAAUCACUUCGAGUAGUUUCAAGCCAGGUAGAAAAUUGCUUCAAACAGAAAAUAUCUCAGAAUCCAGUGCACAGUCUGAUGAUACCGUAAGGGUGGAUCCUCUGGAUAAAUUCAAGAAAUACAGAGGAGGAUUUGACAUCACAAACAAGCAUUAUUGGAGUUCAACAGUAUUCACAGGAAUUUAUGGAUACGCCAUUGGAGUGGUAUGGCUUUUGUGUGGCAUUGCAUAUGGAGGAUUUCUGCUAAUAUCCAAAUGCUGUUGUAAAAGUAACAAGAAUAAAAAGCUGAAGAAAAGAACUCCUUGUGACAAGCAAUGUGCUCUCUGGCCUAUUCUCUUGGUUACAUGCUUCACAAUCCUGGCAAUAACAGCAUCAGGGAUAGUUCUUGGGGGAAGUGCAAGGUUCCAUUCAAGAGCAAAAACUGUGUUGAACAUCAUCAUGGAUACCGCAAAUGAGGCAUCAGAAACCAUAUACAGCACAACAGGAGCAAUGAAAGACAUAAGAGAUAACUUAGAAGCAUCUAAUAUAGGUGUUGAGGCCUCUACCUUCCUUACCUCCACAUCACAUGAUCUGGACUCUGAAGCUGCAGAUAUAGAGAGGCAAGCAAGAAAAAAUAGGCGAUUGAUAGACAGGGGCUUGAAGAUAGCGUACAUAAUAACAACUACAACCAUUUCCCUAAACUUGAUUGCUGUGAUUGCUCUAACAGUCUUUGGAUUUCUGCGGUUUCGGAAGGCACUUUACUGGCUUAUUGUGCUGUGCUGGUUACUGACAGCAAUGUGCUGGUUGUUUUUUGGGGUGUAUUUCUUCCUAGAAAAGUUUGCAGGUGACACAUGCAGAGCUUUUAGUAAUUUCCAACAAGAUCCCUACAACAAUACCUUGAGCUCAAUCCUUCCCUGUGAUGAAUUACGUUCAGCAGAGCCAGUCCUGACUGAAGUCAGUGCAGGGAUCUAUGACCUCGUUAAUCAGGUUAACGCAAACAUAUCAGUCCUGCAAUCAACAUUACAUUCAAAUCUUGUUCAAGUCUGCAAUCCAUUCUCAGGACCACCAGACUACCAAUACCAGUCAGGAAACUGUCCAGCUAAUACAGUACCAAUACGAGAUAUUCCACAGGUAUUGAAGAUAUUUACUUGCUCCAACACCAACAACGGAACCUGUAAAACUGGGGAAUUCAUCUCUGCUAGUGAUUUUAAAACAGCGGAGGCUUACACUAGUUCACUUCAGAAUCUUCUAGACGCAUAUCCUGAGAUGGAAAGCUUGGUAGACUGUCAGUUGGUGAAGGAUGCCUUUUCUGAGAUCCUUCUCAACCACUGCAAACCAUUAAAGAGAUAUGUCCGCAUGGUUUGGAUAGCAAUGAUUUUUCUGUCAGUGAUCAUGGUGGCUUUGAUACUAAUAUGGGUAAAAAAAGCCCAUCACGAGCAGAGACAUCACUUUUCUGAUGGUUCAGUGAAACCCCAUUCCACAUCAGCACAUAUGAUGGAUAGAGGAACAACCAAAGCAAUCAACAAUACCUCAAAUUCUAGUUCAGUCCUGUAAAUUGUAAUUAGCACUAAGUUUUUGAGGAAAACCGCUAGAAGAUUUAAGCUCGCACUGAAUUACCCAAACACUAAGAAAAAGAUCAGGAAAACCAAUCAGCAAAGGCAAGCAUACAAGCAGAGAAGAAGACUGCAAUAAAGAUUGAUAGACAGGCGAUAUCUUCGAGGCAGAAAUGAAAUUCACAUCUGAAACCAGAGUUUUUGCACUGUAAACUGAUGUAGAAUUUUUCCUUCAUUCAUUUUAUAGAAGGUCAACUCAAGGGGGACCAACCCCAUAUUGGAGAGUGAAGAUUUAUCAAGCAAUAACAUAUGUCACAUUGA